AUGGGUCCGUGGUACAACACACUCAACAACAACCAUUCCUUUACAGAACACUUACAAGCCUUGGAAAAGAUAAGUCUAUUUCAUUUGAGCCUGAGAUCAGAAGCAAGUAUGCCUCGCUCUGAUUGGCUGAGAGGUCCAAGCUCUCGCUCUGAUUGGCUGAGAGGUCCAAGCUCUGGACAUACUUCCUGGUGGAGUCGGAACAGGUUCGUCCUGCGGCUGACAGGUGUGCAGAGUCUACAGGUGUGUCCAGGUAAGCAGGCACGGAUUCCAAGUGGCAUGAUGGACACUUCUAAAGGUGCUUCUCUGGACCUGUGGCCUGGUCAGAGUGUUCCCGUGGAGACGGAUGAGAGCAUGCACUACCAGCCAUGUGGUGAAGGACCAAGCUUCGAGGAGCAGACGGUGCAACGGGACAUCCUCCUUCGGCGUUAUUUCAACACAAGUGACAGUGCUGCCAACUCUGAACUUUACUCACGUCCACUAACUAGUUGGACUGAAAACCAGCCUGAGAGCUCCGUGGAUGAGUCCGAGGGCUUAGAGCCACCUCUCCCACUCGUGUCUGACGCCAACGCCUACUGUACCCAGUAUCUUCCUGGUGUCGGUCCACGGUGUCCGCGGCCGUGCAUGUGUCGCCACCCGGCCGACCACAGGGACUGCCUGCAACACCCGCAUGCCAGAGAUGUCAUGUGUGAGGCCGUCAUACAGCAUCCCAAUCAGUCUGAUCCUGGUCCAGGAACCAAGGAGACCAAGUGGACCGUCAGUCUCCCAGAGGAGUACAGGAAUGUUUUCGUCACAUAUUCGGUGGACAUCGCUGUGGAGAUGACUCCCUUCACCAAGUUUCUGACCAGUCACGGCUUCAAACCAGCAAUUGAUAUAUUUGACAGUCCCAUCAGACGAAUGGGCAUCACCAGAUGGAUGGACAGAUUUUUGAAUGACCAAUCAGUCGUCAUCAUUGUGGCCAUCAGUCCCAAGUACAAAGAGGUUGUGGAGGGGGAUGGUAAUGAUGAGCACGGGAUGCACACUAAAUACAUCCACAACCAGAUCCAAAAUGAGUUCAUCCAACAAGGCUGCCUGAACUUCCGCUUUAUUCCGGUGUUGUUUCCCAACACUACCAAGGAACAUGUCCCCCGCUGGCUCCAAAACACGAGGAUCUACAAAUGGCCCCAAGACACCCAGGACCUGCUGCUGCGUCUGCUGAGGAAGGAGCGCUACAUCAUUCCCCACACCGAGACACCCCUCACCAUCAAAGUCAUCCCGCUCUGAGGAAUACUGCUUGUCCAUAUUCUGCUUACGAGGGAAGCUGGAGCCUAUCCCAGCCUUCUUCAGGUGAGAGUCAGGCUCCGGACUUGCCUGAACUACUCACCACUCGUCUUAUUUCUUGACUUUAUUCCAAGGAGGUGCAUAUUUACAGAAGUGAGGGGGACCCUAACAGAAGGAACAAUGGUGUGUUUGUGCCACUCAAUGAAAAGUUGUACUGACAACAACUAUGAAAAGAUCUGAAAGAAGAGGAGUAAAGUAUGAAAUAGUGAUAAAUGUGUAGUCAUCAUGAUUGUUUCUUAGUGUUGCUCUAUUGAAAAGGGAACAAAAAAGGAGGGCAAAACUUGUCAGGUUCAAACUAUUUAUCAAACAAGACAAGAAGCAAAGAAUCACGCAGAGACAACUAUGAAAAGAUCUGAAAGAAGAAGAGUAAAGUAUGAAGUAGUGAUAAAUGUUUAGUCAUAAUGAUUGUUUCUUAGUGUUGCUCUAUUAAAAAAGGAACAAAAAAGGAGGGCAAAACUUGUCAGGUUCAAACUAUCUAUUAAACAAGACAAGAAGCAAGGAAUCACGCAGAGACAACUAUGAAAAGAUCGGAAAGAAGAGGAGUAAAGUAUGAAAUAGUGAUAAAUGUUUAGUCAUAAUGAUUGUUUCUUAGUGUUGCUCUAUUAAAAAGGGAAGACAAAAAAAGGAGGGCAAAACUUGUCAGGUUCAAACUAUUUAUUAAACAAGACAAGAAGCAAGGAAUCACGCAGAGACAACUAUGAAAAGAUCUGAAAGAAGAGGAGUAAAGUAUGAAAUAGUGAUAAAGGUUUAGUCAUAAUGAUUGUUUCUUAGUGUUACCCAAUUUAAAAGGGAACAAAAAAGGAGGGCAAAACUUGUCAGGUUCAAACUAUUAAACAAGACAAGAAGCAAGGAAUCACACAGAGACAACUAUGAAAAGAUCUGAAAGAAGAAGAGUAAAGUAUGAAAUAGUGAUAAAUGUUUAGUCAUAAUGAUUGUUUCUUAGUGUUGCUCUAUUAAAAAGGGAAGAAAAAAAGGAGGGCAAAAAUUGUCAGGUUCAAACUAUCUAUUAAACAAGACAAGAAGCAAGGAAUCACGCAGAGACAACUAUGAAAAGAUCUGAAAGAAGAGGAGUAAAGUAUGAAAUAGUGAUAAGUGUUUAGUCAUAAUGAUUGUUUCUUAGUGUUGCUCUAUUAAAAAGGGAAGAAGAAAAGGAGGGCAAAACUUGUCAGGUUCAAACUAUUAAACAAGACAAGAAGCAAGGAAUCACGCAGAGACAACUAUGAAAAGAUCUGAAAGAAGAAGAGUAAAGUAUGAAAUAGUGAUAAAUGUUUAGUCAUAAUGAUUGUUUCUUAGUGUUGCUCUAUUAAAAAGGGAACAAAAAAAGGAGGGCAAAAAUUGUCAGGUUCAAACUAUCUAUUAAACAAGACAAGAAGCAAGGAAUCACGCAGAGACAACUAUGAAAAGAUCUGAAAGAAGAGGAGUAAAGUAUGAAAUAGUGAUAAGUGUUUAGUCAUAAUGAUUGUUUCUUAGUGUUGCUCUAUUAAAAAGGGAAGAAGAAAAGGAGGGCAAAACUUGUCAGGUUCAAACUAUUUAUUAAACAAGACAAGAAGCAAGGAAUCACGCAGAGACAACUAUGAAAAGAUCUGAAAGAAGAGGAGUAAAGUAUGAAAUAGUGAUAAAGGUUUAGUCAUAAUGAUUGUUUCUUAGUGUUACCCAAUUUAAAAGGGAACAAAAAAGGAGGGCAAAACUUGUCAGGUUCAAACUAUUAAACAAGACAAGAAGCAAGGAAUCACACAGAGACAACUAUGAAAAGAUCUGAAAGAAGAAGAGUAAAGUAUGAAAUAGUGAUAAAUGUUUAGUCAUAAUGAUUGUUUCUUAGUGUUGCUCUAUUAAAAAGGGAAGAAAAAAAGGAGGGCAAAAAUUGUCAGGUUCAAACUAUCUAUUAAACAAGACAAGAAGCAAGGAAUCACGCAGAGACAACUAUGAAAAGAUCUGAAAGAAGAGGAGUAAAGUAUGAAAUAGUGAUAAGUGUUUAGUCAUAAUGAUUGUUUCUUAGUGUUGCUCUAUUAAAAAGGGAAGAAGAAAAGGAGGGCAAAACUUGUCAGGUUCAAACUAUUAAACAAGACAAGAAGCAAGGAAUCACGCAGAGACAACUAUGAAAAGAUCUGAAAGAAGAAGAGUAAAGUAUGAAAUAGUGAUAAAUGUUUAGUCAUAAUGAUUGUUUCUUAGUGUUGCUCUAUUAAAAAGGGAACAAAAAAAGGAGGGCAAAAAUUGUCAGGUUCAAACUAUCUAUUAAACAAGACAAGAAGCAAGGAAUCACGCAGAGACAACUAUGAAAAGAUCUGAAAGAAGAGGAGUAAAGUAUGAAAUAGUGAUAAGUGUUUAGUCAUAAUGAUUGUUUCUUAGUGUUGCUCUAUUAAAAAGGGAAGAAGAAAAGGAGGGCAAAACUUGUCAGGUUCAAACUAUUUAUUAAACAAGACAAGAAGCAAGGAAUCACGCAGAGACAACUAUGAAAAGAUCGGAAAGAAGAAGAGUAAAGUAUGAAGUAGUGAUAAAUGUUUAGUCAUAAUGAUUGUUUCUUAGUGUUGCUCUAUUUAAAAGGGAACAAAAAAGGAGGGCAAAACUUGUCAGGUUCAAACUAUUUAUUAAACAAGACAAGAAGCAAGGAAUCACGCAGAGACAACUAUGAAAAGAUCUGAAAGAAGAAGAGUAAAGUAUGAAAUAGUGAUAAAUGUUUAGUCAUAAUGAUUGUUUCUUAGUGUUGCUCUAUUAAAAAGGGAACAAAAAAGGAGGGCAAAACUUGUCAGGUUCAAACUAUCUAUUAAACAAGACAAGAAGCAAGGAAUCACGCAGAGACAACUAUGAAAAGAUCUGAAAGAAGAAGAGUAAAGUAUGAAAUAGUGAUACAUGUUUAGUCAUAAUGAUUGUUUCUUUGUGUUGCUCUAUUAAAAAGGGAACAAAAAAGGAGGGCAAAACUUGUCAGGUUCAAACUAUCUAUUAAACAAGACAAGAAGCAAGGAAUCACGCAGAGACAACUGAAAAGAUCUGAAAGAAGAGGAGUAAAGUAUGAAAUGGUGAUAAAUGUUUAGUCAUAAUGAUUGUUUCUUAGUGUUGCUCUAUUAAAAAGGGAAGAAAAAAAGGAGGGCAAAAAUUGUCAGGUUCAAACUAUCUAUUAAACAAGACAAGAAGCAAGGAAUCACGCAGAGACAACUAUGAAAAGAUCUGAAAGAAGAAAAGUAAAGUAUGAAAUAGUGAUAAAUGUUUAGUCAUAAUGAUUGCUUCUUAGUGUUGCUCUAUUUAAAAGGGAACAAAAAAGGAGGGAAAAACUUGUCAGGUUCAAACUAUCUAUUAAACAAGACAAGAAGCAAGGAAUCACGCAGAGACAACUAUGAAAAGAUCUGAAAGACGAGGAGUAAAGUAUGAAAUAGUGAUAAAUGUUUAGUCAUAAUGAUUGUUUCUUAGUGUUGCUCUAUUAAAAAGGGAAGAAAAAAAGGAGGGCAAAAAUUGUCAGGUUCAAACUAUCUAUUAAACAAGACAAGAAGCAAGGAAUCACGCAGAGACAACUAUGAAAAGAUCUGAAAGAAGAAGAGUAAAGUAUGAAAUAGUGAUAAAUGUUUAGUCAUAAUGAUUGUUUCUUAGUGUUGCUCUAUUAAAAAGGGAAGAAAAAAAGGAGGGCUAAAAUUGUCAGGUUCAAACUAUCUAUUAAACAAGACAAGAAGCAAGGAAUCACGCAGAGACAGAGUUCAAUUUUGCUCAUGAGGAGAAACGUUUGGGGCUGCACACACAGUUACAGUCUCCCACCACGCUCUGAGGCACAGCUCCCGCGCUCCUCUAUUUAUUCAGGAGUUCCCCAGUUAACAUCGCCGAGGGAGUGGUCACACCUUGGACCGCCUUGUCUCUGCUUCGUCUGCGUGCCGCCGUCUUAUCUUCCUUGGGGUGCUUGAAGUCCUCGGCUGUUAGCGGGCUAAAGCAAAGACAACAUCUGCGGCGAGGCCACCCCUCAUACGCCGUGGAAGAUUACAAGUCGCGUGCCUUUGGACCGCUGCCUCCUGAAGUCGACCAUGAUCUCCUCGGUCUCGUCGACGUUCUGGACCAGCUUGUUGGUUCUGCACCAGUCAGCCAGAUGUUUCACCUCCUCCCUGUAGUCCAUGUCGUCGUGGUCACGGGCGACGCCCACUACUGUUGUGUCGCCCGCAUACUUAAUGAUCCACGAGGGAAAUUGUUCCACACAGUGGCUCAGUUACAAAGGAUGGAAAGGGUAAGGUUGGAAAGGGUAAGGCACACAAGGGCACAAAAAGAGGGCGGAAACAAAAGGGAUAAAGUAGACUAAAAAUGUACCAUAGUAGCAAUAUAAAAUAUAACAUAUAUGUAAUAUUUACAUAUUAUAUAAACAAUACAUAACAAAUGCAAAUUACCAUGUACAAUAUUACAGUUUAUGUAACAGCUGCAGCAAAAAAAAGAAAAGAAAAAAGGAUGGCAUUAAAAAAAAAAGUAUUUUUAACUCAUUUUAUUUACUUUUCUUAUUCUUUAGCACAUUUUCCAAUUUUAAUGUAUUCUGUGCAACAGCUGACAAUUUAAAUGUGCAAUAAAUGAGGUUUUAUGAUUUGUUGGUCAAGUCCGCGAUUCUGUCUUUAAAAUGGCUACUUCCGGUUCCGGUGUUGGAAUGUGAAAACACGUCCGAUUUUUUUUUUUUUUUUCAGUUUCUCUUGAUGUGUGCGUAAUGGUUUCUGUACAAGUCGGUCCUUGUUGUGCCAAGUCUCAAAUAUUUUCUUCCAAGACAAAGACAGCGACACAGGGUGUCGUACCGCUUUUACUUUGAAAAUAAAACCCAUGACGUCUGCAAAUGGAAAUAAAAUAAACAUCCGUUUUGGUCUGUUUUGCGUUCUUGUUUACGAGGAUUUUUACAUUUUUGAAUAUAAGAUGAAAAUCAAAUAUUUUUUUGAUAUUUAGAUAUUACUUUUAAACAACAAAAAAAUGUGGGCCAGUGGUCCGUGUACCUUCCGUUUAUUUUAUUUCUAAUUCUGAAACGCAAAUCAAAAAAUAAAAUUAGGGCCUUUUUUUUCGAAUUUAUUAUACAUGGCAGAUUUUAAAACACAAAGGGUUGAUUUUCAUUCAAAUAUUGCCAUAAAAUUGGAUUUUGUGCUGUUUUCCUUUGAUGGAUUACAUUUU